AUGGAAUUAUUGUAGAAAUUUAUAUCGCUUUACUUCUUGCUUUUAUAUUUACCUUAAGUAUGCCUUUAGAAUGUGAAUUCUUCUGAUAAUAUGAUUUAGUUCUUAAAUAAUGAAUUAUUUUCGGGCAAAUGGUGGUCAAAUAAUCCAUCAAUUUACUAAUUUAAUUAUUUAACCUUAGAUUCUGGAAUGAUAUCGGUAAAAUUUGUAGGUAAUUCACUUUAAUUUGUUGCUCUAAAUCCGAAAUAUUAUGAAGAUAAACAUGUAUAUGGUGAAUUUCUACUUACCAAUUAUUCUGAAAGUUCAUAGUAAUACUUUUAAUCUAUUAUUUAGAGCCUGGAUUGGAGAAGCUAAAUUAUUAUUAGAAGGAAGUUAUUCAAGAUCAUAACCUUGGAUUGAAUCUUUCUGUAAUGGCACAUACAUAGUCAAAUUAAAUUAGAAUUUAGAAAAUCUAGAUCUUAAUCAGCUUGAAAUAGAUGUUGAUUUAAAAUCUAAUCAAAUGUUUUUCCAUUGUUUAAUAGAUAUGAGUUUUAAUGUAAAAAGAGUUUAAGAUUUCUCUUUUAUCAAUAAUCUUAUCUUUUGCAUGAUGGCAACAAUGAUAUUAGGAGUAUAAUAUUUACUCUCUAAAGAAUUACUAGAUUAAUUAAAAUAAAUAUUGAUAGAAGCUGAAUAGGUAAAUUUUAAACAUUUAUUUAUUUAGAUGUCUAGAUUAACAUUAUUUUUAUCUAUUUUUCAAGGAAUGAGCUUAUUCUAUUUUUUUGUCGAAGUACUUUUCCAAAAUUUUGUAUAAAUAUAAAUUUAUAUUUAAGUAAAAUUACUAUUUAUUUAUUUUGCCUACCUUUAUUUAAUUUUUACAAUUAUUCAAGAAUUAUGCCAUUUUUGGAUUUGUUUGGUCGUAAAGAUUGUAGAAUGCUUUUGUAGAGAGAAGAGAAUAUAAAAAAAAAUUGGUUAUUACGUAUUUAACUAUAUGUAUUUAAAUAAUUAUAUAUAUUAGGGAUUUUUAUGAUUGUGAAUAGGAUAGUAUUUAGUAUAUUUCGAUAUUCCUUUUAUUACAUGCUCACUUAAGCAUUUAUUCUAUAUCCAUAAAUUAUUCAUAAUUUAAGAUUAGGAGGUAAAUAUAAGUUAAAUAAAGUUUAUAUUUUUGGAGUAUUAUCAUCUAAGUUUUUUUUUUAUGUAAACUUAUACUUAAUCAUAGGUAUACUUAAGAAGUUGUCCAGUUAAUGUAAUGGGCUUGAAACCAGAUUACUUAUUUGUUGGAGAAUUUAUAGCUAUAUAUCUUUUUUCUUUAUUACUUCUCAUAUUGCAAAGCAAAUACGGUUCAAGAUGUUUAAUUCCAAAAUGUUUAAAACCUAAAAAAUUUUAAUUUUUAUAAAAAGUAAAAGUUAAUAAUGAAAUGGAAUGUUCAAUUUGCUUGAAUCCUCUUUAUUUAAACCCUACUGAUACAGAUGAUAGAUCCUUAGUUAAAUCAUUGAUAUGCUAAAUUAUGGUAACUCCUUGUUAACAUUAAUUUCAUCAAUAAUGCUUAGAAUCAUGGAUAAAUGUUUAAAAAAAUUGUCCAAUUUGUAGAAAAAUUAUUCUUCGAUUAGAUGAUAAUUGA